CCCGGUCGUCCAUCUUGGAAACUGUCGACAGUUAUUUUACACAAAUGGGCGCCAGGGGACUAAUAAUCUAAAAAUCCCAGCGCAUUGAGUAGAAGAAAAGAAAGACUUCUCGACUUGAAUAACGUUGAAAAUCUCAAAAUGUCCAAACUGGAGUUGUUCAACGCGUAUCUUACCGAACGACUGACCGCGGCGGCGAUGGAGAUAACCUCGGCGGUAGAGAGAACAAUAACGGACUACCAGGAGGAAAUCUCCCGUUCCAAGGAGGAGAACGAACGGCUACGACUGCUGCUGGACUUCAAACCACAUUUACAGUUACUUACUAAAGACACCCAUCAGCUCACCCUCCCAGUCUCUGUAGAUGAUGUUCCCCCUGAACAGCAGCACUGUGAGCAAGAGGAGGACCCAGAGCCCACACAGAUUAAAGAUGAACAGGAGGAAUUUUGCAGGACCAGUCAGGAGGAAGAGCAGCUUCAAGGGCAGGAGUCUGAUACCAAAGACUUCAUAACUGUCUGUGUGGUAAGUGACUGUGAGGGUAUGAACACAGCUCGGCCCUCACAUCACGCUGUGGAGAGUAGAGACGGGGGUUCACCGUUCAAUAACAUGACUGGAGAGAUCCAGACAGAGCCUGAUGAUGAAUAUUAUAUAGACUACAUAGUAUCAGAACCAUCCAGUCCUGCAGCUCAGAGUGAAAACAGUGUUAACAGUGGAAGGGACAAUGAUGGAGAGAGCAGGGAGCUACCGUCGGGGUCAAAGCCACGGAAAUCACAAAGAAAACAGAAGAAGAAGAAAGGAACAAGCUUUCUUGAAGAUGCUGCUCCUUAUUGCUGCAAGCUGUGUGGGAGGACUUUUGUUCGUAUGGGUUUUUUGGUUAACCACGUGCAAAGAACACACACAAAGCAUGCUGAACAAUACCGCUGUGGUGUGUGUGAAGUAGUCUUGGACUCCAAAGCAAAUCUGACAGUCCAUGUGCAAACCCACACUAAAGAGAAAACUACUCCUCACCCUCAAACCCACACUGAACCAAAACCUAGGCCCACUCCUCACCCUCAAACCCACACUGAACCAAAACCUAGGCCCACUCCUCACCCUCAAACCCACACUGAACCAAAACCUAGGCCCACUCCUCACAGGCAAACCUUCACUAAAGGGAAGCCUACUCCUCAACUUCAACCUGCAGCCAAACCUACUUGUCAUGUUUGUGGCAAAUGUUUCCCUUACAAUCAUAAUCUGAAACUACACAUGCGCACUCACACGGGCGAGAAACCGUUCAAAUGCAAAGAAUGUGGUAAAUGCUUCCAAUCUAAGGGAUACAUGAACGUGCACAUGAGGCUUCACACUGGAGAGAAACUAUUCCAGUGCACAGAAUGUGGCAAAGGCUUCCCUACCAAGCAAUACCUGACCAAACAUAUGCUGUUCCACAUAGGGGAGAAAUCCUACCAGUGUAAGGACUGUGGGAAAGGCUUCCACCAGAGGGAAGACCUUGAAAAGCAUCAGCCGACUCACAUAGAGGAGAAGCCAUAUGGUUGCAUAGAGUGUGGGAAAUGCUUUAAAGACAUUUACCAUCUGGCCAGACAUAAGCUGGUUCACACAGGGGAGAGACCUUUCACAUGCACUGUGUGUGGACGGGGCUUCAGCACCCAAGGCAACCUGAAAGUACACCAGCGGAUUCACACAGGAGAGAAACCCUAUCGCUGUAAACUCUGUGGUAGAUGCUUCACUGGUUUUGCUAGUCUUAAAUAUCACUUGAACACUAUUCACCAUUAUGAUGGUGUCCUUUAAACGUGUCUGUCAGUAGAUGACAAACCAAAAGAACAUCAUCACACCAUAGUGGCUUUAUUGUGUCUUUAUGGUAGCCGGCGCAGAACAACCAUUAGGACAUAGAAUCCAUAAAGGAAUGUAUGGUAUACACUCUAACACCCUGAUUACGGUUCAACAUUGGAUGUGCAACGCAUCUGACAACGGUUAUACAUAUAUAUAUAUAUAUUUGUAAAUGUUUUAAUGAGUAUCAGCUUGAACAGGUUUCCACAACCGUUGUGACCACCACAUCCAGGAGCGGUGUGGAAACUCAUUGGUCCAAAGAUGUUAUGAUUUGCUGGAAUUACAACACUUUGAAAACAUGUCGACCUUUGUAAUGUUUGCAUGUCCACAAACUAGACUAAUAUGAAUGUAUUAAUCCUCGUUUUUGUUGCUUGUUUAUAUUGGCCCUUUGUUCAAUGUGCCAAACCUGGUGUCAUUUCCUUCAGUCACAAGAUGGAAAGCCCUAUUACAAACCAACACAUUUGUUAGACUAGACAUAGUCCUUUUGGCGAAAACAUUAUUUUCUAGAUCAGGGGAUCCCAAACCUUUUUCACUCAGGGCCCCCUUCCAGCAUUGGGGAAUAUCUAAUGUGCGCCACGUCUAUUUCUAUGGGCACAAGCACUGUUCAUGACACAAACCGUUCACAUCCCUCUUGUUUCCCGAGAGAACUUUGCAGGCUUAAAGCUUAUUUACUGCAAUUCUACACAUUUUCUCACUGAUGAUGCACUACCCAAUUUCGAAAUCGCACCUUGUUCCUUAAAAAAUAAAUAUAUAUAUAUAUAUUUGGGAACCUCUGUUCUAGAUCAUACUGAUCUUUUCCUUAACAUGGUGCUGAUACAUGGUGCUGGUCCUCUGUAGCUCAAUUGGUAGAGCAUGGCGCUUGCAACGCCAGGGUUGUGGGUUCGAUUGUG